AUGAGAAAAUAUCCUGAUUCACUUUUACGUGUUAAACAUGUUCUUAAAUUUGAAAUGUUAAUGACUGCAAGUUCAAUUGAAUGUUUGACUGAUUAUCUUAUUAAUCUUACUCUAUCAUCAAUAUCUCUUCAUUCAAAUUCACUUUUAAUUCGAAGUCAAAAUGAAGAAGAUAAACGUUUAAACGAAGAACAUAUUCGAUGUGGAUUAGAUUUGAAAUGUAUUUAUAUUUAUGCAACGCAUUCAAUACAAACAUAA